UUGCAGUUCAACAAAAUACGGCGAUCUCUAGCUCUACAAUACUAUGUUGCUUGUCUGUGUCAUUCACGUCUACGUUUGUGUACCAGACAGACCUGAGUAGAUUCCGAGGAGCAGGAAGAUCAACCCACUGCCGUCCGCUACUGUCACUUGUCAGUGUCAUCAUCGGCCGUGUGUCAAUAACUGUUAUAUCUAUUGUAAACCAUUUAUAGUAAGUUAUUUGAAUCAUGGCUGGAAAGGCUCAACCAUUGUCGUUCAAAAAUACCGAAGAAGAGAUGGUGUACUGGAAAAACUUGUGUGACGAUUACAGAAAAAACUGGGAAGAGUCUAAAGAAGAAUUAGAUGAAUUUCAAAUCAGCAGUCAAGAAUUAGAAGCGGAGCUAGAAACGCAACUGGAAACUGCAGAAAACAAGGUCAAAGAGUUAACAGUUGCCAAGGAAAGACUACAGGUUGAAACAGAUGCACUGAAGGAAAAACUGGAACAUUCACAAAACGAAUAUCUACGACAGAUAAAUGAGCUCCAAGAUGAGUUAGCACAAAUCAAAGCAAUUCGUGAUGAACUUUCCAAGUAUAUCCGGGAAUUAGAGCAGCAUAAUGAUGAUCUAGAAAGGACAAAAAGAACUACGGUGACGUCAUUAGAAGACUUUGAAUCAAGAUUAAAUCUGGCCAUAGAAAGGAAUGCAUUUCUUGAAAAUGAGCUUGAUGAUAAAGAAACCUUGGAAGUAACAGUUCAGAGAAUGAAGGAUGAGGCAAGAGAUAUGGCUCAUGAGCUGCAAGUAAAAGGAAAAAUGAUGACAUUGAAGGGCGCGCAUGACUUGCCAGACAACAAUAAAAUGGCCACAACUCCAAUUAAGCCUAAAGUUUUACACGAAGUAGAAACUAACACCACACCAGGCUUGAAAAAAGGUGCAGCAAUUGGAAAUGCAGGCAAUAAACCUCUGACUUCUACAGCUAGAAUUUCAGCUCUUGAACUUGUUGGAGAUCUCCUGAGAAAAGUUGGGGCUUUAGAAUCCAAAUUGGCAUCAUGUAGAAACUUUGUUCGAGAUCCACCGAGGAAAGCAAAUAGUCCAGUUGAUUCACCAAGGGCAGUAAAAAGAGCCAACCGAAGUGGUACACCCUCAACGUCUGGAACACUCCAAGGAAUAGUCAAGAUAACUGUAUGAUAAACCUUCACUGUACAGUUGUAUUUCUCAGCAUUUUGUAGACUGUUUUGAUUGAAGUAGAUAUCUAACUAACGAAGAUUUAAUGGAUUGUAAUAUCAAAGUUAUAGAAUGGAGAGUUAUUUUGUUGAAUAUGCACCAUAUUACUAAACUAUUAUGUAUAUUAAAAAUAAAAAUAACCUGUUGGUGUUAGACAUCUGGAUCAGCCCAAUGGUUGCUGUAAUCUGUACAGAUACAAUCUUUGCUAGGGUGGAUCAUUUACUUGGGUUAUUAAAUGUGAAGUUUAAAAAUGUACUCACAAAUGUAUUUCUAUCUGAAAUACUGCCAAAGGUGAGGAAAUAUAAGUUAAUGGAUUUUCAUGAUUAUACAAGCUUAAAACAAAUUUGCUGAUGUCAGACUCAAACCCAUGUCCUCUCAAACACUACACAAGUGCUCUACUAACUGAGCUAACCAACCCUCAUGUUAUUUCCCUGUAUAUUGACAUGUAUAUUAUGCACAAAUAGUUAAUGGCCUGAUGUUUCAAACAAAGCAGAGACUUUAUUGAGGAGUUUUAUGUAUAUUGUGUAGCAUGCCAUCUUAAUGAUAAAGAUUGAUCAUGAUGGGCUAAAUUCAACUAAAACACAACAUUCUUCAUGGCAGUGCAUAUUAUUUAAUAAUUUAAAAAAAUUAAAAAUUAAAAAAUUAAAAAAUUUAAAAAAAUUCAAAAAAAUUCUCUAGGGUUGUUCCUCUACAAAUAUUGUACUUAAGGGUUACUUGGACCUUGUGACUUCUAUUUAACUAUGCUACCAAUUCUAAUCAAGAUUAAGAUUUGGAACCACAGUGCAGGGUAACAAUUAUCAUUGGUGCUGGCUCUCUAUUUUCAUUUGUAUCUGAUAGACAGUCCUGAGUAGACGUCAACACAUUUUUUAGGGUUAUAAAUUGAACAUUUUAUGCAGUCUGGAUAGUCACAACACCAAGUUGUGGUGGCACAUCCCUUGUGUGCUGAUGUAGCGUUUUCUACAAUACAAAUUGUUUAGUAUGAAAUUGAAAAUAAUGUGUUGGCAAUUGUAAAUAAUCAGUUUAAUCAAAUCAAAUAGAAAGUAACCUGAUGGUGUUGUGUGGUUGGUUACCAUGGUAACUCAAAUAUAUCUUUAUACUAAUUUUUACAAAACACAGCAGGGAAGUAUUAUUGCCAUUGUUACAAAAACAAAGCAUGGCAUACAAAACAAAGCAUUCUAAAACAGGCAAAAUAGUUUUUGGAGGGUAUUUCCGGCUAGGAAAUUUAGAAACUGAUUCCACUUUUUUAUGGAUGAAUCGGUAACGCAUUAAAUCCCUACUCAUAUCACAGGCCAUGCUAUAGCUCUUUUGAAAUAAGGUUCUUUGAUGAGCUAGUUAAAGACAGUGGACACUAUUGGUAAUUGUCAAAGACCAGUCUUCUCACUUGCUGUAUCUCAACAUAAUGUA